CACUGAAGAGUGCGAACCUGUCCUAGAAAAGUUCUGGAAACCUGAGAAUGGAUUGCCAUUGUGAGUGCACAAGUGAGAGGAACAAAAGUGCUACAAAAGGGACCUGCCUUCUUUCAAUUAUGGUUAUCCUCAACAUUAUCAGUGGCGUAGUGGUUGCAGUAUUCGUCACACAGUCAACUUUGUCAUCAAACUGUGCGAGUCAGAACCUGACAGGACCAGAAUGGAAGUCAUUAUUGAAAGAGGUCUACGAAAGCUUGUUGAUGAAUGAUGUUUCGGCCACACACGAGCAGCAUGAUAAUGAGGGUAUUGGGGACGUCCAUCCAGAUCUGCAGUUUCUCAACCUGCUGAAACCAGUGGCACAUUUCUCUGGUCUUGACUUUGAUAUAGUGACUACGGGAAAUGGGACUCAGUUGAAAACAUUAAGGAAUUGGGCCAACCCUGAUGGUUCGGACAGAAAGCUCCUGUACAAUGGAAUGAGUUACGAAAACGGCUCCAUCCCAGUACCAGCAGCAGGAGAGUACCACAUCACAAGUCAUGUCAAGUUCUACGUCGAGGACAACAGGAAGGAUGACAAGCCACUCCAAACAUUCCAGCACCAGGUUGUCCGCUAUAGCGCCUCCAGCCAGACACAGGUCGUGUUGUUUGAGCAUGCCGUGACUGAGUGUAAAGAGGGCAUCAACGACGGAGCUCACCUGGAGUACCCGAGUGAUGCUGGUGGACUGGCUCAGUUAGAUGCUGGAGACCAGGUGAUGGUGAAGGUGUCCCACUUACAGACGCUGAAGCAUGAUCGCGACUGGCACUAUGUUGAUAUACAUAUUGUAUAAAGAGAAGUUUGAGUGCCACCACCAUCAGAUAUGCAGUAUUGCACUAUUGAGUGUAAAGCCAGCUUUAAUAGUGUGGCAGCUGGAAUGUGGAAUACAUUCUUUAGUAAAUAGUGUGAGUGAGUGAGUAUGGUUUUACGCCGCUUUUAGCAAUAUUCCAGCAAUAUCACGCCGGGGGACACCAGAAAUGGGCUUCACACAUUGUACCCAUGUCGGGAAUCGAACCCGGGUCUUCGGCGUGACGAGCGAACGCUUUAACCACUGGGCUACCCGACCGCCCCCUUUAGUAAAUAAGAGCAAUAUCAAGCUCAUGAGUGCUGCAGCUUGAGGCGCUUGCCUGAGAUGGAAACACGUAGCAGUUGCGUGAAGAAGAAAGGAAAAUAUUGACCGUGCAGGUCACGAUGACACCAUCUUAAUUUAACAAACAUGGAUUUAUAAUACACGCACCUAUAUUUAGUUAGUUUGAUAUCAUAAGCCGUAUUUUGGUGCGCAUGUUUCAUGUAUCGUAUAUUAUCCAUAAAUACCCUCAUUUGCUCAAUUGGUCGUAUUGCAAGUGACGUUAUCAUUUCUAUUGUUCUGUCAGUAAAUAUACGUUUUCGCACAUGAGAUUAAUUUGGGGGUACGACAAUUUUCGAGAGUGUCAUUCUGAUCAGGGAGUCUGAAAAAGACUUAAAACAAAGCUGUGAUUCUGAAGAAGUAUAGGGUAGUUAUAGAUUAGAGACAAAAGACACUGGAUAUCAUAGUAUUUUAUACAUAUGUAUGACAUUAAUAUAAGAUAUGUAUCUGUCUGUUAUAAAUCUGUUUUACUGCAAUAUUUGUCAUUUAUUGUAUGUCUCAAACUACAUCUGUCUGACACGGGCGUAUUUUAUGUUGAAGUAUGUUAUUUGUACACAUUGUAUUGUAGUACACUUAUUUAAGUACACUUACGCUGUCUUCGUCUAACCAGAUUGAUAUGUUCGGGUGUUAUUUAUUGACACUCUCAUCUACUUUAUCAGAUGUAAUUGUUUUACAAGUUUACAAUCAGAAUGUGGCCCACUUAUUGGCCUCCCGUGACCAUCAAACUAUUUUGUUUAACAAUUUGCUCCCUACCUUCAACUACCUGUUCACACCUGUUCACACAACUACCUGUAUAUUAUGCUGCAUAUAUGGACAAAGAUAAUAUCAAAUGCUCUUCUGUUCACAGAUUGUUUAAAGAGGUAUACCAUGUAAUAACACGAUCAUUUGAAAUAUUGUAACGAUCAAUCAGCAAAUUUGUAGGAACAUAUCGCCCGAUUUCAACCAAAUCAGACACGCUUUUCUGAAAAAGUACUACAUGACUGUGACUAAAGGUUGAACCUGUCAUUGUGAGUGAUCUGCAUGUUUAUGCGAUCCGGAAUAACGUUCAUUUAUAUUUUGUUUUAGAACCUCAACAGAAGUUCUUUUUCCAAACUGAUAAAAUAUAAACCUUAAUCAAAUAAUAAGAUA